ACUUCAACAUGUUUCUGUUGAGUUUGUUCUUAGUCCUGGGAGUUGCGCUCCUGUCGGCAGGACGUGUUCCCCCACCGGAUCAGCGGAUCGUUUGUGGUUUUGAAGAGGACAUAGUGUCAUCGCCUUGGCAAGUGUAUUUGCACAUAAAUUCGUCGUCUUGUGGUGGAGUCCUAUACAAAGAUAACAUAGUUUUGACGGCUGCACACUGUAUGGAAGGGUCUAAAGCUGCUGAUGUAUCAGUGUACUACGGCUCUUCGAAAUGGCAAUUGGGCCAAGUGACCAACGUGUCAGAAGUUAUAGUUCACGAGGAUUAUAACCGCACGAAGAACAAUGGCAGUUUUGCCAAUGAUAUUGCAGUGCUCGUCCUGAGUUCGCCUAUUCCUCUGACAACUUCUGCCAAAACCAUCGACUUGGCCAGCGAAACUCCUCGGGCAGGAAGUUGGGCUCUUACCACUGGUUGGGGACAAAUUGUGGAUAGUAUUAACGGUUCUUAUCCCGAAACUUUGAAGGGAACCUACGUCUUGAUCGAAGACCACGAGAGUUGCAGAAAAGCCUAUGACAAGAAAUGGGCAUGUAUGCAAUCAAAUACCACCACUGUAACCAACGAAAUGGUUUGUGUCCAUGGUAAAAAUCAAGGACCUUGCAGAGGUGACUCCGGAGGUCCUUUGGUUAGCGUUCCCGAUAAGCAGCUGAUUGGCAUCACUUCCUGGACAGUCCACUGUGGUCAUCCUUUCUUUCCGGACGUCUUUACGGAUGUAGUUGUGCUCAAGGAUUGGAUUCUAAGCACAGUUAGUCGCUUUAAUCAUUAAAAAUUUUUUGUUUGAAGGAACCAUAUCUAAAAUAUUUAAUUUUUUUUGCCAAUAAAUACGAUUUUGCUUCUA